UAUGGGAAAAAUUCAACUCAGCAGGUUGUGGUGGCACAAUACAAUCUCUCUAUGCAUUGCAAUGGAUGCGAAAGAACUGUCGUGGAAACCGUCUCCAACAUCAAAGGGGUGGAGAAGUUUGUGACGGAUAUAAACAAUCACAAAGUGGUUGUUACGGGUAGAAUUGAUAGACAAAAGGUAUUGAAGAAGCUGAGGAAGAAAACUGGGAAGAGUGUGGAACUUGUGGCGGAGGACGAAGAUGAUGAAGACGAAGAGGGACAAUUGAUCGAAAAUGAUGGAGAACAAACAAUGGAUUCUUGGCUAGUUCAUUAUUAUGGGGAUGGUGAAAUACAUAUGAUGUUCAAUGAUGAGAAUGCAAAUGCGUGUUCAAUUAUGUGAACAAUCUAAUCAUGUAAACAUAAUAAUUUAUACAAGUGUCAGCAACCGGUGUACCUAUUGCAGGUGUCAUGUUCAAUCCUAUGUGAGACGAA